UCAGACCGAAGAGCUCAGCUUAAGUUGAAGUCGGUUUUCCAAAUUUAAAUUCGUUUGAACAAUCCAAAAUUUUGUAUCAACGUAAAAUUAAUUCCUAUGUUACGAGAGAGUGAGAAAUAUUCAGCGUCACGAAAUGGAUCGCACCGAGCUUACUUGCGUUAUUAUUUUGGUCAUCGUUGGACUUUUUAAUGAAGGUGUAGCAUAUUCGAAACCGAAAAUCUACCCUGCAGAGCCUUAUAUCGUCAUCCAAGAAGGAACCGACUUGAACAUAUCAUGCAGAGGUUUCCGUCCCAUCCAUUUUUCAGUCAUGAAUGUUUCCGGUCGAAAUUGUUCACCGUCAAGGACUAAACCCAGCGAAUCGUCCGGCGUGCAUACCUCCACGUUCACCGUACCUAACGUAAGUCGAACCGAUGCCGGAUGGUACGCUUGCGCCGAAGACGGAACCGAGAUUCGGAACGACGAGCAAAUCGUCGAACAUCCUAACGAAACCAUCAGCUGGAUCUAUGUAUACGUGAAUUCGUCGAAACCAUUUGCUGUUGACGAUCAGAUCGACGGUGUAACGAUAAUCAAACCAAUUUGGAGUUCCGUGGUCAUACCGUGUCGGCAAACGUUACCCAAUAUGCAGAUUCCAACGCUUGAGCAGGCGUAUGUAGUGGUUGACCCGGCAGUUGCCGGUUUUCGAUACGACCCGAGAAUUGGAUUCAUCAAAGAUAAAGUGACUAAAUCUUCUUCCACCGACUACAGCUGUAUAUCGCCACCGUUCGAAGGACGCGUUGGUGACGAAAUAACAUACACAGUGACAAUAACUGACAUUAUAAUGAAACCUCCAUUAAUCGACGAGGAUAAACUCCGACAUUUGGUACGUGGGCGGAAUCAAACUCUAAGGUGUUACAUCACUGAUGAAACUCAUGACCCGGACGAGGAUACGUAUUACCUGACGUGGGAAGCCCCGGGUGCGAUACCAGCGGAGAGAUUGCGGCGCGAGAAUACUAUUAGAAAGGAAGCUGUGUUGACGAUAGUAGAUGUGCGGGAAACUGAUAGCGGGGAAUAUACUUGCACUGUCGCAGGAGAUAGCCUUGAUUCCGCUUCCAAAUCAGUCAACGUUAAAUUUUAUGACCCUAAUGAAGAGUACAUCAAUGUGACUGACAUUUUGUCCUCGACCCAAACCGUAAAUGCAACAGAAACAGCGCUUUGGGAAGUUGACAUUGACACGUAUCCUGAAGGAAAUAUUACAUGGCUCGAUACGGAAAAAACAGAAAUUUCCAAUUCAACCCGGUACUCGCACGAUGUAUCCGGAACAAAACACACGUUCCAAAUACGUAAUGUGGGAAUUGCUGAUUUUGGCAGUUAUACAAUUCGCAUCAACUAUGGGAACGAAUCGAACGAACACGAACUUGAAUUGAAGGUUCGAGCGCCACCAACUGCCAAGAUCGAGUCGGCUCCGAAUCCUUCGUAUAAACGAAACGAAACUCGGGAAUUCCGUUGCCGGAUAUCCGGGUACCCGUUGCCAAACGUAACGUGGCGUUACUCGGAAUUCGCCGGUCCUCGAUCGGACAAUAAAUCUGUCGAGACAAUUUUUCCGCCAACAGGAAAAGGGUCGUUACAAAAUCCCCCAACUGGCUUCCUCUCAUUUUUGAAAACAUCGAUCAACGCAACAGGUGGUCUGACAUGCAGAAGCUGCAAUGAAAUCGAUUGUGCCGAAUCAACCAUGACAAUCCUCGUUGCUGGAGGGCAACCAGCGGCAGAACCAAGUGCCCACAAAGAUGUCAUCUGGAUCAGCUCGAUCUGUGGCCUCAUUAUCAUCAUCAUCGUAGUCAUUAUUUGUAUGGGAGCAAAAGUGAACCGUGAAAAAGUAAGUAAGGAUUCGAGAUUUCCGUGUAUCAACGUGUGAUGUAAAUUACCAACGU